CGGGUGUCGCAGUCUUCGGGAGGCUCUGCUGCAGCACCAUGACCGACGCUACGUCCAAGCUGGAUCUCUGCGUCCGCUCCUUGAAAUCACUCUCAAGAAACCUCUCAACCAAGUCACCAUCUCAUGUUGCCGACCUCUACUCGGCUACUGUUGGCCUCCUUUGCCAUUUGAAGGUCGAUCAGACGACGUUGCAUGCCGCAUGGCAUGAAAAUCCAGAAGCACCAUGCCCGUCCCCGAAACAAAUCCCGGCAAUCACAGCCGUCAUGCAAGAUCCCGCUCUAUUUGAUGCCCUCGUUGGUUGUCUGAAAGCUUCGGGUACUGGCAUCGCGUCUGGGGGAGACAAUGAUGGUGGAAGCCGUCUUGGUCAUCACCAUCAUGGCGCCGGAAGCAUCCUUUUGAACAGUCGAAAAAGAGCCAACUCUGUUUCGUCCGAUGACAUACUUUCCGCCAAAGUGAUGAAACUUUCACAUUCGCCUUUGCCAUCCACGGCUUCUCGAAUGUACCAACACAGAAACCAGGCUGCUGCUUCGGAUGCUGGCGCCAACAGCGAGUACAGUCCCAAGUUCAACGUUCCCGUCGCGGCGGCUACGAUCCUCUACCUGAGCUUUUCACAUCUAGACCAUUGGCCUGUGCCCUUGGUCAAAGCAUAUGCCGAAGAUUGCUUUGGGCCCAGGCUUUGGGUGGACGAUGAGAAAUGCAAGCUUUUGGUAGAGAACUUGAGACUUGUUCACAAAGUUAAAAGUGAUCCCGCCACGACUACUUCGACCGAUGUCGACAUGGAAGACGCGACCCUCGUGCAAGAGGCGUCCAAAGUCGCCGACUCCUACAGCAAGAUUCUUGACUUUAUCAUCGAGGAUGAGGCCGAAAAUGACAUGACCUCGCCCUCCCAACAGCAACCUCGCCGAGGUAGUUUGUCAUCUGUGGCGUCGUCGCAAGGGCCCUCCACCACCACCGGUACAAGCACGAAUAAUAAUAGCAAUAGUUCCUUUCGAAGGUCGAAUUCUCGAGAUGAAACAGAGUCGACUGGCGGUGAGCAAAAGAAGACCAAGAAGAAACUGACCAAAGCCAAGGCAAAGGCAGCAAAAGCCAAAAAAUCAAGUGGCGAUGAUGGCUCGUCGUCGUCGGGCGAAGAGGUCGAAGAAGUUAUCGUGACGACCAAGUCCGGCGGGGACGACUCGGUGGCUCCGUCGCCAGCGAAGAAAGGAUCCAAAGGCAGAGCAAGGUCUCCUGUCAGCCCUCGGAUGGACGAGAGCCCGUCGCCUGCAAGGUCAAAGCGGCGGCUGUACCCUGUGGCGCAACAAAAACUAAAUCUGGAGCGCGUGAGGGGGCGAUUCUUUGGUGUAAACCGACAACAGUCACAUGGUGCUAUAACCUCCGCACUGUCAGAAAGGCUUGAUGCCAAAGCAAAGCAGAACUCUGCCCUCCUUCAAGCACUACAUUUGUUUACGGGGGUCGCUGGUGUGAGGAGCCUUGUAGCAGGAAACCUGGAAAAGUGGUUGCAGUCGCCUGGUCUCUCCGGCCUGGCCCGGACACUGUUCACCUCCACCGUGAAGCAGAUCGAGAACGUCGACCCACCCAAAAAAGCAGAUCUCGAAGCAAUCCAUAAAGUGCUUGAUAUGCGUCUAAAAACCAACCAGCUUUCCGCGCAUGUCGAAAACAUCACUGCAAUGGCAUCAACCGUCAAGUCAGGGACCGUCGCGCGCCAAAUGUACCACCAGCUGCUGUCGGAAGUGCUGUCGACCAUGGAAAGAGGAGCUGACGGGUCUGGCUCUGAUCGUCUCAAAAUGGUGGGAGCAGUUUACUCGGCGGUACCAAAGGAUCUUUCUGCCGAUGGGAUUGCUGCUUCUCUGUUGAUGAUAAUGGGCAAAUCCAAGGGGGCCGGUUUGGAUCGGACGAAGGCAGAGCGCAAGCAGCGCGCGAAGCACCUGAAACAUCUGCUGCAACUCAUAGCAAAGCAGCUUGGAGCAUCGUUUGAUAUAUGCAAACUGAUUGAAGCAUUUCUUUCGUACAAUGUGAAAGACGCUUCAUGGUCUGUUGAAGAUGAAGAAGAUCGAGCACGUGUCAUGUUCCAAUGUGUCCUUCUGCUGGUUCCGCCAUUGCCAAAAGAGAGCAGUAGACAUCCAACAAAGACGAAUCGCAAAGGGGUGGCAUUAUCGGACACGGAAGCUCAAACUCUGAAGAAAAAGUUGACAACGGCUCGCCAGCUCAUUUUGACUUGGUUCUGUUCGGACUACGGGCCUUUGUUUGGGACUGGAACGAACGUGUCUAGUGAUGGGAAGGUGGGAGCAGGCUUUCCGGACUAUCGAAGCGCCCUCGGAGGGGUCGAUGGCAAGACGGGUAGGCCCAGAUGGCUGAACACUGCUCGGUGUCUCCUGUUCAUGGAAAAUGGAGAAUCCAAAGUAAUGCAAAAGUUCCUUCGUGGAUCCGAUGCGAUUGAAGAGAAUGAUGUUUCUUGGUAUGAUGAAAGGCAACGGAUCAACAGAUGUUUCGAAUAUGGCUGUGAUUUCGACGAUGCGAUGAUGUGGAUCGUUUUGAAGUCAGCAUCACUCGAAGAUGGUGGAAUAAGCUCGCAGAUUGCUUUGACUCUCUUGGAGCACUUGUUUGAAUGUUGCAGCGUCCAACGCCGCGGCUCGCUCAACAUUACUGACAUGAUGUUGGCAUGGGAAAUGUACUCCCUGGUGGUCUACGAGCCACCGGAGACAGUCACCAUUCGACGCGAAACCACUGGAGCAGCCAGGGAUGCACCCGGAUCCAAGUUUGAUGAUGCAGAAGACAUGAACGGCGACAAUUCGAAGCAGGAUGGAUUGGUAGUCGUGUCGACUGGAGACCUUGAUUUACCUCAGCUUGCAUACCCGGGAAUGUGGUGGCGCGUGACCAUUUUAGCGCUAGUGAUGUGUGGAGUUGCGCCACAGCAGAUUGGAGCUACAAUUUGGGAGGAGCACCCAACAUUGAGAGCUAUGAUCAAGAUGGUUAUAUCUUCUCGCUAUCGUUUUCCUACAGUUGACUGCGACGAAAAUGAUAGAACGGACAUGAAGAAACAAGAGCAGCAAAUGAGGGAUGAGGAGUCCAGAAUUGCUGAAGCACUUUUUCUUCCUCCGCGGCCCGUGACAAGCAAGGACCCCGAGACCAACAAAGAAAGUCACGGUAGGUCAAGAAUAUCGGCGAGACAGCAACAGAAACGCGAACGAGCCCUGAAGAAAAAGCGUGAGAAAGAGGCCGCAGAAGCUUUGAUGGAGGAGAAUAAGCGGAAGAAACAAUUACGUGCCGCGCAGAAAACAAUCAUCUUGUGGGACCCUACGAGCACUGCACGCAAGCCCCCGCGAGAAGCCGCUGAGCUUCUGGUGUCAGUGGAGUCUCAUUUUGCGCUCUCAAAGAUCUUUCAACAAUCCGUCGAACCUGAUUUUCUUCUCAUGACGAUUGGCAAGACCACUCGCGGAGCCAUCGAACGUGCAUAUGACUGGUUAAUUCCUAUCAUCUCUACGAUGCCGAAAACAAUCGCCCGCCUUCACGCAAGCGCAUCAUGCGUGUUGUUGCUUCGUGCCUACGGGACAGAGGGCGACGAGAGAGCACAACUCAAACAGUUGUCUGCACCCCUACUGCAUCACGUAAACGAGUCGCUCACAGGUCGAUUCGGCCAGGCGGAUGCUUCAAGAGCCUUCGAUUUGCUGAUGUCAGACGUGGCGAGUAGUAAUCCUGACCGUCGUCGAUGCGCAAGGAGGGUCCUCUUUGAUUCGAUCGGGCAGCUGGAUUCAACCAGUGGCGAAAAACGGUCUUCGUGGAUGUUGAAUAUUCUGAAGUUAGACCAUGCUGCUAUCCUUGUAGGAGAUGCAAUCAAGCAUAUGUCGACGGCGAUUGUGUUUGAACGAGGGGAAGUGCUGCGGAACUUGCUUCUGGCUUUGGAUGAAUUAAUCGCAUUUGCAAAGAAAAACGAGAUCGAGGGAAACUGGGACUUUGCGUCGGUCUUCAUUUUGCUGAUAUCGAGACGUCCGAGUGUUUGUGCGGAGGCUUUGGACAGAUUUAGUGAGAUUCGGACCCUUGGUGUGAAGACAGUUUACGAAGCAUUCCAGAAGUGUAUCAAAGCCUCGUCAGAUGUCGAAAGCGGGAAUGACAUUGCCAUCACGCUUUGCGGCGAGCCUAAGACGGACACAAUGCUUUCCCUCCCCCUGCUUCAGGCAGCUUCGGUGCUGCUGAGUAUUUGGAAAGAAACAAAUGGUGCAGCCACGAAAGAAGAGGAUGGUGCCAACGCAAGCAGUAGCUCCAAGGAAGACGAAUCAGAGGCAGCUGGGUUUGUAUCAAGUCUCAUGAACAUGUUGCUUCGCCCGAUCGACACAGGCGAAAGCUCGCAAGGGCCCAGUGAUAGUUCCGAGGAAGGUCUCGCAAGCGCCAAAAUUAUGGAGUCGGGGUCAAGCGCAGUAUCGGUAGAAUCGUGGAUCAUGCUUGCGAAAGCAAGGAGCGACACAAUUGCCAGGCGAGCUGCGCUUACCGCCCCGACUGGUUUUUUGCCCCGCUUGCUUCUUUGCUCGGGGCUCCCUAGGGCUUCUCUCUUGACAAUGCUUGAUAGGCUCGGAAAGCUGGGCGACGCGUCCAACGAGAAGAAGGCCGUGUUUCAUCGACUGUUGAUCCCAUCGGCCACCAGCGAAUGGGACAUUGGGAGACUUGGCCAACGCCGAGAAGUGGCAAGGAAGUUGCUUGGUCGAUUGUCCGCCUACCUUAGAUUGAACAACAUUGAAAUCGACAACUCGGGAAUCUCAACAUCUUUUCUGGAUUGGUUGUCAGAAGAGUGUUCAAGCAACGAAAAACCAAAAAAGAAACAGAAGCACAAGUCCAAAACCGCAACAACAGGGAUGCUAUUGGGAGCCUCGUCUCUCCUGCAAUCGAUGAGUGGGCCCGACUAUGUUCAAGCCACCGACUUUUCGGCUGGCGACGAAGUAGACUUCGACUUGGAGAACUUCCGAACGUGGGAUGAACCAGGAGGGGGCGGAGAUAUCAAGGGUGCGGCUGCAAAGGGCAAGCUCAAAAAGGCAUUCGAGAACAAUCGGCCCGACCUGUUGGAGCUGGUGUUCCGAGAGCAAGCGGCGUCGCAGCAAGCAGAGAAGAAGCCAAAUCUCGUUCUGGCAAUCGUGGGACUGCAAACCUUUCUCAGUCUCGAACACCAGCAAGAUGCUGUGAAAAGGAUCGUUUUGAACUAUGUUCCAAAGCUGUCGAGUUUGUCCGGAUCGCCAGAGUUGUGGAAAACGAUCUUUUCGAUUCAAGAAGGAGUGGCUAGCGAGAUGCUGGACGCCCUCCUCUCUCGAUGCAUGGCAUCAUGGUGUGUCGAUCACAUUAGUGCUUGCUGCGAUUGGUUGUUGACCAUGAGCAAGAGCAUGGACAGAUCGAAGCAUUGCAUGAGGCGGAUUACACGGUUCUUUGUUCUCAGUUCCGGUCAAAUGUCUGUGCAUCUGGAAAGGUUUGCCUCCAAGGUCCCGGUGAGAUGUGUCAAGAAUUGGGGGAAGUCAGAAGAUUUUGUCGCGGCAUGCACAUCUAUUGCAGUCGAAGGCAUGAAGCAGGCUACUGAGGCGGGCUUUAAUUCCAGCCUUGUGAGUCGCAACUACCUGCCGGAUUGGCUGGUUUUGAUGGUUGCAUUGGCAAAAUGUGGACGAAUGCAGAUGAAGCAUAUAUGUGAAUCGAUUCUGCAACGUAUAUCCAAGCCCAAUGAACAAAUCAGUCUCCCUCUGUUACGGGCAGUUUUUCUGAGACUAUACGUUUGCAACCCACAUGGAAUGAACUUGGGAACAGCGCUGAUAAGGUCCGUCUUGAUGGAGGCUGCACAAGAGUAUUCCGUCUCUUGGGUGGAUUGGCGUUCUCCUUUAGAUGACCAACUUCAGGACAUGCUGGACACGGUGAUGAAUGGUUCUGGCCAGCGGUUGGUACGACCCCUCUCUGACUUGUCGAAGAAGCACCCAUUGUUGAUCUUGAGAAAGUGCCAUGUUAUGACACGGUUUCUUCAGAAAGAUGCUGAAGUUGGCUCCCUUGGAUCUUCGAAUCGAGAACCUCGAGGUGUGAUCCACAGCCAAAACUUGAAGCCUCUCCAGGCAGUUCUAUCUGGGAAAUCAGUCAAAGUGGACGUGAAGCAUUGGGGUUAUAGCUACAGUGAAAAGAUUUGGAUCGCGCUGUUGGACAUAUUGUGUGCUGUGCCAGGUCCUGUCCUGUUUGGUUGUGGCCUCAACAUGGGUUUUCUUGACUUUCUCCAUGCCAAUAUGCGGCUUUUGUUUGUUCAGUCUCAACUUCGAAGGACUGAACAUUCAAACAGGCUCAAAGACAAACUAAAGGAGGCUCUAGGCACAUUCCGUAAGAGCAACCGCUCUGGAUGGGAAAAGUGGCUGGUGUCGAAGGAUCAUGGACUUCCCUCUCUUGGCGAACUGAAAAAUGUCCUGAUUUGUUGCGACUUGGUCGAAGCCAAAGAAUUAGUCAAAACUUAAUCAUCCUGCUAGAGUAAAGUUUUUUAUAAGCACACUGCGCGUUGUGUUCAAACAACAAUGCCAUUUUG